AUGAGUAGCGCAGCGAACGCCAAGCCCGUCCUUCAAGGUGUCAAGAUCAGACCUCGCAAGGGAGUUCAAAAGGCCACAGCCAAGUUUGAACCCACUGUUUUCCGUGACGCAUUCAUUAGCGUGCUUUCUGCAGCUGCCCCAGGCAACCUUGACGAAAUCUCUGUAAAGUUGGAUGCCGCAGGCAACACUCUUGAGUACAGACGCUACGCCGAGACUCUCUUUGAAAUUAUAAUUGCUGGUCGUCUCCUUGCUCCCGGUGGAACUUUUCUCGAGGACGGAACCCCAGCCAGCCCUUUCAGUAUCUUCCAGGCCGAGGAUGACCUUGCCAGCAUCAGGAAGCAUGUGGAUGUGUUCCACAAGCUUAUGCGCCGCUACAAGUACUUGCAGCGUGGCUUCGAGGAUACCCUGAUGAACCUUCUUCAGUACAUCAACAAGUUCACCCCCGAGGACACCAACAAGCUUGCUAUGGCCACUGGCCUCUUCUGCUCGUCUGGUCUCGCCACCUUGAACGUUCUCUCUGUCUUGUUCAAGGAGCACUUGGUCAAGGAGGGUCUCUCCCUUCAGUUUGUCACCACUGUUUUCAAGACCUACUUGAUUGACCAGAACGUUGACCAGUUCGGUCUCAACCUUUACAAGGCUGGUAUGAGCGACCGUCUCUUGGAUUUCUUCCCUCCCAACAAGCGUGACGAGGACAGCUUUGCUCGCCACUUUGAGGCCGAGGACAUGAAGCAGUUGGUCACCUUCCAGACCAAGAAGCAGCUCAUCUUGCGCAAGGAGAGCGUUAUCGAGAACGUCAAGAACCUUCUUGAGGAAGGCAAGAUCCCCGAGUGCUUGACCUACUUGAAGGCUCAGAUCAAGGAGAGCGGCUUGGCCGAGCCCGAGUUCAUCCCAUUGGUCUGGACAGGAGUGAUGGCCUCUGUUGACUGGGGUACUCGCUCGGAUCAGAUCGACAACCAGAUUUUGAAGCAGGUUCAGCAGUACAGCAAGCUGAUCGCUGCCUUCUGCACCUCCCCCAAGACGGAGAUUGCUUUGAUGCAGACGAUCCAGGUCAACUUUUACGAGGAUGCUCGUUUCAUCAAGCAGUUCCGUGCUGUUUCCCAGCUGUUGUACAAAAACGACGUCUUGUCUGAGAGCGCGAUCCUCUACUGGGCCGAGAAGGGUUCCAAGACCCAGGGACGCACUGUCUUCAUGAAGCAGAUGGAGCCCUUUAUUCACUGGCUCAAGAACGCCAGUGACGAGGAGGAUGAGUCUGAGGACGAGGAGUAA